UUUAUUUUCUAUACUAUAAAUGUUCUAUCAGUAAUUCAGUAUUGUAUAAAUGAUACGCUAAAAUUGACCGCAAUAGAACGAACCUUCGCCCUCCGGCCCUAUAAAUUAGAAGCCUUCCAUUCCCCCCACCUUCACACCAUCUUCACAACCAUAAUUCCAACACAGCUCUUUCAUACACCCAAAAAACCAGCCAAUACAAUGGCCGCUUCGUCCUCCUCCUCCGCCGCCGCUUUCCUCGCCGCUGGCCUCCCCGUCGUCGGCCUCCAGGAGAUCUCUCUCCGGCGCAACGACCAACACGGAGUUCAUCCGUACGUCGUGCAGCGCCACCACGUACCCUCAGCUCUGCUACAACUCCCUCUCCGCCCACGCCACCAAAAUCCAGACCAGCGCCAGGCUCCUCGCCUCCACCGCCCUCGACGUCGCCUUAUCCUCCGCCAAGACCACCUCCGACGCCAUGAUCAAGCUCCAACAGUCCCACGGCCUCAGCCCACGCCAGUCCGCGGCCAUGCUCGACUGCGUCGAGGAGCUCGGCGACUCCGUCGACCAGAUCCGCCAGUCCAUCGACGAGAUGGCCGGCGCCAGGGGCGCCGGCAGGUCCCCCGCCGACUUCCAAAUGAUGAUCAGCGACGUCCAGACGUGGGUCAGCGCCGCCUUGACCGACGAGAGCACGUGCAACGACGGGUUCGCGGGGAAAGAGAUGGCCGGAGAGACGAAGACGGUUGUGAGAGGGAAGAUUGA